ACACGCCCCCCUUCCACCAACCCGACCUCCUCUCCCCAUACACACACCCACCUGCCACAACAUGUGCAAGGACUGCCUCAGGAGCGUUUGUCCGGACCGCGGGUCAAUGGCUCUGGACACCGGGGCGUACUUUGCCAACUACACAGGCUGCGCCGAGUGCUCGGUCUUCCGCCUCGCCGUCCGCGACAAGACGGCCGAUGAGGACGACGAGGGCAACGAGACCGUCUCGUUCACGCACGUGUGCGGCGCGUGCGAGCACGUCAUUGCCCUCCACGAGUUCUCCUGCAUCGUCGACGACGGCCGCCACGAGUACUCGAUGAGCUGUCUGCUGUGCGGGAUGGCCGAAGACUCGCGCGCCAUUGGCGUGUACGACGCUGGCGCCGCCAGCGCGCUGACCUAG